AUGUCAGCUGCCAACUUGAUGUUGUUCGCUAAUCAUAGUGCUAGUAAUAGUAUUGUUGAUGAAGUGACCAAUGAAGUGCUAAUUGACUUGAUGAACAGACAUGAUUUCAUGUCUUUGCUCGAUCAAGUUGUUGAAGAUUCCUCGACUAAACCUUUCAAUUCUUCCAAUAAUUCAUGUACUUUUCAUCCUCAAAAACCUCAAGAAUGCCAAAUGAUCCAAUCCACCAUCUCUUCACCAUCAGACAUGAUCACUCUCGAUGAAAGUUAUAUUCAUCAACUCAUUGAUCUCGAGUUGAGAAAUGUGCCAUCCACAUUAGGUUUAGUUUGGAGUAAACUUUCCUCCACUACCAAUGAAUUUCAAUUCAAUGCUAGAACCAUCACCCAAUCUUCAACUUCAUCUUCCCCUACUACUACUACCACAACUAGUGCAUGUAGCAAUUCUAAUACAUUAUUCAAUAGUUUCUCAUCAAACAAUGAGAAUCAAUACUCAACCACAACAACCUCUCCACUUCUUGCCGGCAAUAACGUGUGGGAACCAUCCAGCACACCGAUUACAUCUGUUCCUGAUUCCUCCAAUUUCGUUAUCCUUCCUAGUUUGGAAAAUUCACAACAACCUGAUUUACACCUCCAAUGCAAUAACAGCAACGGUAUGAAACCAUUCAAUGGUUCAUUAUCGUAUACUGGCAGUCCUAGCAAAAUUGCUAAAAAGCAGAAAAUGAAAGCUUCCUCUUCUCCAAUGAAGAAACAAUUAGUUUCGAAUAAUGAAGAAUUAUCAUAUUGCAUAUCUUUCCAUCAACCAGAAUCUAGUUUUUCUAACUUUACAUCAUAUAAUGAUGACAAGAAGGUUUCAAAGAAAAGGAGAUCUUCAUCAAGCAGCAAUAAUAACAUGCCAAACUAUCGAGUAAGGUUUUCACACAACAAGUUCGAGGAAAUUGAGUUUAAAAAGUCCAAUCCAAAAGGAAAGUUUAUCAUUUUCAAAUAA